UUCUUCUAUUGGCUAGUGGAGCUGCCGAUCAGCAGAAAGCCCAGUAAAUUGUUUUUUUUUUUUUGGACUGGCGCAAGAACGUCUUUGCUUUGGUCGGUAGCCGAAACGGCAUCGAACUUUAGAAUGACCAGAAACUAAGUCCGAAUCAGGAGCCAGGCGGUACAGCAGGAUGUCUAUAGAAGCUGAGGCGUUGCUGCAGGAGGCUAAGGAGAGUAUAGAAGCAGCUCAGAAUUACAGGAGCGAACUACAACAACGCCUACAUGGACUCAGCCAAGCACGCAAACAGGUACGAGGCAGCUCGUCUCAGGCCAGAGAGGGGUUGAAGCGUCAUUUCUCAGAGCUCCAGACGGCUGUGACCCGCCUCCUGACGGAGCGUCUGAGCGUGCUCCUUAGCGAGGUGGAUGUCAUCGAGCAGGACAGCGUUCGACCGCUGGACGACUGUCAGAAACUCAUAGAACACGGAGUCAACACUGCAGACGAGCUGCUCCGAGAGGGUGAGGUAGCUAUCCGUUGUGGUCUGGGGGAGAAGGAGGACCUGCUGGGGUGUUUCACCAAGAAGGCCCUUCAGAUCCAUCUGGACAGCCUCCCGGAGGUACCAGUGUUAGUAGACGUGCCGUGUGUGUCUGCCCAGCUUGAUGACUCUCUGCUGUACGCGGUGAGAGACAGAGUGUCACGACACGGAUCAGUCUCUUCACACCCUCCAGUCCAGAUAGAGGAGCUCCAGGAGAGACCUGGCAGUGUGUUAGUACGCUGGUGUAAGGUGGAUGAUGAGUUUGCGGUGCAGGACUACCGUCUGCAGUAUCGUCGCUCAGUGUCUGGUCAGUACCCAGGUCAGUACGAGGACACCUACAUCGGGCCGGAGCAGGAGUUCCUGGUCCUACACCUGGACCCCCACACUGAUCAUUUGUUCAGGGUGUGUGCCCGGGGGGAGGGACGUACCGAGUGGAGCCCCUGGAGCGUCCCACAGACAGGAUACACCACGCUGGCACCCCAUGAGUGGUGUCCAGGCAGUGAGGGCUACAUCCUCAGCAGUAGAAGGAACAUCGCCAUGCGGAGUGACUCGUCCCCCUCUAAAGCUGGGGUUCUCUACUCCAACGCUCCAACCUACUUCUGUGGACAGACGCUCACCUUCAAGAUCUCUGCCACGGGCCAGAUGGACAAGCGGGACAGUAUCGGGGUGUGUGUGGGGUGUGAGGGAGAGGCGGAGUCUCUGCAGAGGGACCAGGCUGUCUGUAUCUCCACCAACGGAGCAGUGUUUGUCAACGGUAAAGAGAUGACCAACCAGCUGCCUUCCAUCACCCUUGGCUCUGCUGUGACCUUCGAUAUGGAAGUGGUCAACCUACUUCCUAUUAGCAACAACAACAACCUUAGCGACGGAGGCAACUUCAAGCUGAGGGUUACGAUUGGCUCAGGGAACCGGGAAGUGGUGUUUGAUUGGCUGCUGGACCAGGGGGUGGACUGCCUGUUCUUUGGCUGCUCCUUAGCCCACCCUGGUUGGAAGGUGCUGGUGUUCUGAGGCUGCUGAUUGGACAGCAGCCCCAUCAGUCAACACAAAGGGGCAAGCGUCCUGUCUGCUGGAGUUGUCCUGUCCCAAAUCAACCCCUAGACCCAACCCCUUAGACCAGUGCUAUUCAAACUUUUUAGCAGGGACCCUAUUUUGUUGUGUGCAAUUUCUCAUGAACCCAACCCAAAAAAAACAGUACAUUUUAGAUUUUUACAUCAACGAAUAACCCUUAAUUCAUUACAUUUACAAGAAACCAAAAUAAAUGUACUCAAUUUUAUUUUUCAAAUACGUUUGUACAUUGUCUCAUACAAUAAUCUGUACUCGUACUAUUUGUUUAGUGGGGGGGGGUCGCGAUCCUCGCCUUUGAAUACCACUGCCUUCGACACUUAGCCUCUACCCCCUAUAGCAACUGUUCAGUGUUGGGGUAUUUCUAAAUGUGAAUUCAACUGUUGUUUACAGUAAAUGUACCCCUCUUUAACCCACUGUGACUCAUCUGGUCCUUUCACCCCGGGAAAGGUUUCAUCUGGCGCAGCGAUCUGUGCUUCCUCCAGGUAUGACUGGUGAUGGCUGAGAGUUGUCUGCUCCGGUAUCAGAAAAUCUCAACUUUCUCCUCUUGGGCACCUGGAUGGACAAUGUACACAAAGCCCUUUCUGACCUGUCUGAUAACAUAUCCUGCCAUCUGAUACAGACUGAUGUACCAGAACUGACCAAUCAUUAUUCCUUUUCAAGACACACUCAGGCUGUGCAGGAAAUGGCACCCUAUUCCCUACAGAGUGCUAUGGACCUUGGUCAAAAGUAGUGGACUAUAUAGGGAAUAGGGUGUCAUUCCUGUGCCCUAUUUCAGAUGCACAUUCUCUCCAAACGUCCUAAAAUUGUGGUUUUUAAACUUUUGAAUGUGAGAACAAUAAGGAGGUGGUCUCGCUCAGAGAAGUGAUCAGAGAGCGAGACGUUGCCUUUCAUCAAACACUUGAGCUGCAAAGCAUGCUGGUCUGGUUUACCACAGAAUAAAACACCAUCACUGUGAAAAACGACUCACUCCAGAGAUCGUAACCUCUUCUUCGUCGGUCUCUCCUUUUAAAAACGUUUUUUUUUUGCUAACAGUAUUCACAACCAUGUAAUGUAACUUCCCUUGUAGACAUUGAUGUACUUUCAUGUGAAUUUUUGGGGGAACUUGUUCUACUUGUGAGAGGUGAAUUCAUAUUUUAAAAACGGCAUCCCAUUUCCUCUAGACCACUAUAGGGACUAGGGGUCCGUUGUGGGUUGCUUCCUGCGGUUCUGCAGAGAUGGUAUGGUUGCUGUGGUUACAGAGCGCUCUUCAGCAGACUGACUGAGUUCGAUGGUUCAAAUUUAAAAUGAACCUUUAUUUAACUAGGCAAGUCAGGAAAGAACAAAAUGUUAUUUACAAUGACUGCCUACCCUGCUCCCCUAACCCGGGCGAUGCUAGGCCAAACCCUAUGGGACUCCCGAUCAUGGCCGGUUGUGUGACAGCCUGGAAACGAACCAGGGUCUGUAGUGACGCCUUAGACCGCUGCGCCACUCGGGAGUGUGACAGUUUCACAUUUAACAGGUUAACAGUGGUCAUACAUACUGUAAGACACUGCUAGAUUAUAGCUGCAGUGUUGCUUCACGUCCAAAUCAUCUGAUAUCAGUGAAAGGCUGCCAAUGGCGGUAAGGUAGGAAAUGGAACCAGGCCACCUGUUAAAGUGGGGUCAUACUCAGCUGUCUGUCAUCCACCACCGUCUUCAUGCAAACAUCCGUCUCAGAUUCCUUUAACUGUGUGUUUAUGUCCCAAAUUGCACCCUAUCCCCUAGCUAGUGCACUACUUUUGACCAGGAUCCAUAGGGCCGGUUAAAAGAAGUGCAUCAGAUAGGGUGCCAUUUGGAGUGCUGACUGUGACUUGUAAUCAGGGUUGGGGGCUCAGUUCCAUUUCAAUUCGGGGAGUUUAACUGAAAUUCCGAUUUGCGUUAAAGUGGAAUGUGAGUCGACUUCCUAAAAUGGCAUUGACCCCAGUCCUGCUUGUUAUCAGGCUUGUUAUUGACAUCUGUGUGUGUUCCUUCCUUCAGUACAGAACGAAUGCCCCAGAAACAUCCAAUAAAUUGCUUAGUCAUCUA